GUUCUGGUGUAGAUUUGAAUCAAAACAUGGCGGCAAGGCGGCAACAUAAUUUUACAGACGCUACAGAACGUUUGAUCAUACCUGGCCAGCAGUUAUGGACGAUAACAUUGCAGGAAGUGGAUUCCAUGGAGUAUACUUAUUAUAUUGUGUGAACCCAAAGUUCAAAGGACAUACGUAUAUAGGCUACACGGUGAAUCCAAAUCGAAGAAUUAAACAACACAAUGGAGGGGUAGACAAGGGAGGAGCCUACAAAACCAGCAGAAAGAAGCCUUGGAAUAUGAUUCUGAUUGUACAUGGCUUUCCUAACGACAUUAUAGCAUUACAAUUUGAAUGGGCAUGGCAAAAACCCACAGUAUCACGACGUUUGAAAUCGGCAGCAACCAAGAAAAAGCCUAGAGAAAGACCUGUGCAAUAUUGCUUUAGGAUCCUAUCAGAACUACUUAGAGUAGGGCCAUGGAACAGACUCCCACUGCGCAUAAGAUGGUUGAUGCGAGAGUAUGAGAUGGAGUUUGACCCCCGGUGCCUGCCACCUUUCCACAUGACGGUUGUGUACGGUCCACUUGUGAGCAGAAAAGCUAAACAAAAAGCUGUUUCAAGUGAAGACCAAAAGCCAGACCAUAAAGAGAAAUGCAUCAAAUGCCUUGAUGUGAUCAAGAUUGAUGAAAAGCUUAUUCGAUGUCCUAAAAGUGGAUGCACUAUGACUGCACACAUGUUCUGCUUGGCUAGAGACUUUCUUCACUGUGGAAAUGAAGGGGGCCUAUUUUGUCUCCCUGUGGAUGGAAAUUGCCCACAGUGCAAGGGAUCUUUGCUCUGGGGGGACCUAGUAAAACCAGCAGAAUCCAUCCCUUCCACUGAAGGUGUGGAUGAGGACACUGAUGAUCACUGGACACAAGGACUAAGAUUAUGACAUAAAAAAAUAAAGUGAAUAGUGAUGUAUAUUGAAUAUUACACAUUUAUUUAUUAAACAAUAAAUAAAUGGAAUCCUG